AAAAAAACGCGGCUGCCGUAGACACCAAAAACCAGAGAAAGAGAGAGAAAGAGUCUGUUUUCUGCAAAAGAUCGCACCAAAGCCAACACAAACAAACCUUUUAGGUCCCCAAAUACAACAAAUUUAUUUAAAUUUUUCAAUUUAUUCGUCGACAAAAAAAUAAAAUUAAACUGAUCUUUUUAUUCGAUUGUUUAGUAACUUUCAGAAGUUUAAUUAAUCUGGGUCGGUGGUGUGGGCAUCAUCGUCGAUUUGGAAUUUUCUGAUCGGGUCAGAUUCUGAUCGUUCAAUUGGGGAAAUUCCGGUUGUGUUUUAGGUUUUAUGAUAUGGGUCGGGUGUGUUUCUGUGUUUGGAUUUAUAGAAAUAGAGGGGUGAGGUUGUUGUUGUUGCCCUGAUUUUUCUUAGGUUUUGUUUAAUUUAAUUAAUUGGUUAUUGUUGUGGUUUGAUGAUUUCGUUGGGGAGGAGAGAUGCGAGAAAGGAAUUAGGGUUAGGGUUUGGAGAGAUGGAAGAUACUGAGCUUGAAGAAGGGGAGGCUUGCUCUGACCAUAAUGUUAUGAAUAAUAAUAGUGAUGAUGGUUAUGAUGCAAGUAUUGACCCUGAUAUUGCUCUCUCUUACUUAGAUGCAAAACUUCAGAAUGUCUUGGGACACUUUCAAAAAGAUUUUGAAGGUGGCGUUUCCGCUGAAAAUCUGGGGGCAAAAUUUGGCGGCUAUGGUUCAUUUCUACCUACCUAUCAGCGCUCUCCGGUCUGGUCUCACCCAAAGACUCCUCAAAAAAUUCAGAACUACAAUGCACCUAGAUCUCCAAACAAUAUCCAACUGGAGGGCACUCGUUGUGGCCUGGUAUCUUCAUCAACUGCUUCUCAAUCAGUGAAACGUGAACCUGCUUCUGUGUCGAAAGCAUCAUCCUCUCCAUUUCUUGCAGUAAGACAAGAAGCAGGCAUGCAAUCCUCUGAUCUUGCUAAGGAAAAUGCACUCAGAUAUGAACCGCCAAGCAGAAAAUUUACUAAUUUACCAGACCAAAAAUUGCUCAAGGUUCGAAUCAAAAUGGGUUCAGAUAAUUUGUCAACACAAAAGAAUGUUGCAAUCUACAGUGGACUUGGCCUUGUUAUGUCACCAUCUUCAUCUCUGGAUGAUAGCCCAUCUGGAAGUGAAGGGAUGUCACAUGGACUUCAGGAUUCUCCAUAUGAGUCUCCUGCUCAUAUUCUUCAGAUUAUGACUUCCUUUCCAGUGCGUGGGGGCAAAAUGUUGUCACCUCUUGCUGAUGAUCUAAUUCAUUUGACAGAAAGAGCGAAGUUUCAUAAAGGCAGAACAUCAUUUCCUGUUCUUACUGUUGGCUCAGGAAAUUCUGGCAGUUUACUGAACGGGUCCCUGAAAGGCGAUGGAAAAUUAUUGGGAGAGAAGAGAGUAAAAUCACUAGAAAGGAAUGAAAAAAUUGCAGAACCAAAAUGUGAAAAUGGAAAGGACUCUCACAGUGUCGAUGCUUUGCCGAAGGAGGUAGAUAUGGACACUUCGGCUUGCGAGGAUCUUGUCUCUAACACAUUAAAGCUUCCGCUUGUCUUGGAUUCAUAUUCUGCUGGUGCUGCUGCAAAUAUAUUUAGGUCAUCCAAUAUAUCCAGGGAGGUUUCUAAUGGUGUGGUGAGAGAUAAAAGUUUUUCUGAUCAAUCAAAGGAGCCAGUGUGGCCAAUCAGUACUAAUGAAGAUAUCUGGGUUGAGAAUCCCAAAGGAAAUUCAGCUGGAAAGAUCUGGGAAGACGAGAAAGCUAGUUCUCUUGACAGUGUUCCUUUUUAUUCCCGGAAAGAUGCCCAUGCGAGAGUAGAAAAACCUUCUAUCAAAAGUGACUCAAAUGUGUCAAAGGGGAUGAAGUCUUUAAGUUCAGAAUUGACAGAUAUGAUAAAUCUGAAGGCUGAUCACAAAUUUACCUCCAGUGAACAAGAAGGGAUCAAGCUUCCUUUUGGAAAAGAGCGUUCAUCCUAUGAUGGAAAGAAGAAACUGAAAGGAAGUCAAAAUCAGGUAAAUAUAGCUGCAGAUGUACCAAAAGAUGGCUUGAUUAGUGGUUCUUCUUUAGUGGUGAAAAAUAAAAAGAGCACCCCCUCAGAUGAGAAUAUAAAUAGAAGAGAAGUGGAAGACUUGAAGUCGCAAAAGAAUACUGGAAAAGUUGGGGAUAAAUAUGCAGAUUUUUUUGGAGAUGAACUAGAUCAAGAAGAAAAUCAGACGAGUCCACUGGAAAUGAGAUAUACACAUGGGCAAAAGGAAUCUGACCUAGGUGAAAAAAACACAUGUUUCUUUAAUAAUGCACCAAAAGAGAGAUCAAGUAGCAAGAAAAAUGAUAAGCUUCUAACAAGUGAGAUGCAUCCUAGAACUGCUCCUCCUGUCACUCCCUUCCCUGGAAAUGGGACCUUAUCUGAUGUUACUCCUGCAGCAACAGCUCCUGCUGCAACAGAAGACCUUUGGGUAUGUUGUGACAAAUGUCAAAAGUGGCGGCUUCUUCCACUUGGGAAAAAUCCUCAUGAUCUACCUGAUAAGUGGAUAUGCAGCAUGCUUAACUGGCUGCCUGGUAUGAAUCGGUGUAUUUUAAGUGAGGAUGAAACAACGCACGCUGCAAUGGUACUGAACCAAGCCCCUCUGGCAAGUCAAAGUAAUAUGCCAACAAAUCCUGGUGGUGUUGUACCUAGGAUAACCAUGGCUGGUGAUCAGCUUGAUUAUAAUCAUCAAAACCUCGGUUUGCAUCCCAUAUCCAGUGGGGGAAAGAAGAAGACAUCCAAUGAUGGCACCACUCUAUUGUCAAACUCUAUGAAGAAGAGCAUACCGGCAUCAGUAAUAAAUAAUGGAAACUUAAUUGAGGUGAACCAACCAUUGGUAAGUGAACCUGGCUUUCCAAAACAGACUAAGACUAGUGACUUAACUGUGGAGAAGCACAAACAUAAACAAAAAGAGAAGCAUAAAGUACUUGACAACGGUUCUGAUGGAGGUGAUACUAGGCAAUCAAAGAUGAAGGCGAGAAGGCACCUUGAGGAAGAUUUAUUCAGGGAAUCCAAGAAAACCAGGAAUGAGGGUUUAUCAGAAGAUUGGGUUUCUGAUAAUUCAAACAUUGAAAAGGUAGGGCCUAGUUCUAGUCAUGGGUUUCCUACAAAUUCAUCCGGGAUGAAGUUGCCUAAAAGCAAUGGCCGCAUGUCUUCUAAGGAUCAAGUUCUUUCUAGAAAAUCGAAGGACAGAGUUCCGAUGUCCUUGGAUGAUAUGCCCUCAGAUAUGGGGAAAAGAGAUGAUAGAGAGGGUGGGAAAAAGAGGAAAUUAAAGGCAAGUUAUGAUACUGAAGUUAAUACAGGACCCAUCUUAAAUUCAGGACAUAAUCUCCAGGAUAGUAGCAUUGUGGCCAAGGAGGAGUUCAGUGACAAUGAGUACAGGAAACAGAAGAAGGCUAGGGUAUCCAGAUCUGAUGGAAAAGAGUCUAGUGCAAGUAAAGGUUGUGGUAAAACAGAAAGAAAAGGUAGUCACAGAAAGAACCAGCAGCAGUUAGGGAAAAAUAUGGGUAGUUCUUUGUCUCUACGCGGCAUGGAUGGUGUGGAUUUUUCAAAAAGGGAUUCUGGAUCUCUGCAUCCUUCUGUUGCAGCUACUUCUAGUUCUUCUAAGGUUUCUGGUUCGCAUAAAACCAAAGCUAGUUUUCAUGAAACAAAAGGGUCUCCUGUAGAAUCUGUUUCGUCAUCACCUCUAAGAGUUUCAAAACAAGGCAAGCUUGCAUCGGGACAAAGAAAGUUCACUGAGAAAGAUGACUCUGGUGAUGCUGGAUUUUUGGCCCAACGUGGUCGGCCAAGAUGCUCGGAUGUAGAAGAUGAUGGUGGGAGUGAUCGAUCUGGGACAGGGAAAAAGGAAAAUUGUUUAGAGGUGGCUCGUCAUGGUUCCCAUGAAUCAUCUCUGCUUGAUUUUCAGGAAAAGGACUUUGGCCGUGUUUCUAAUGGUAAAGCUAAACAGCAGAUUGUGCCUUCUCCUGACAUUAAACGCAACAUGUUGGCAAAUGGUAGCUCAGAAUAUAUAGAACAAGCAACUCGAUGUUCUAGUAAAACUACCACAUUGGCCCGUUCUCGUGAUGAUGCUAGACAGCAUGAAAAUCAUUAUCAUAUGAAUGGAUCCCGUCCAAAGAAGUCUGGAAAAGGAUCAUCUUCACGCUCUAAAGACAAGAAAAUUAAUUUUACUUCUGAAUUUGAUGAUGGUAACAUUAAGGUUUCCAAGUCUAUUACUGAACUAGCUCCUUCCUUAGAAGUGAAGCCAACAGAUGUUAAAAUUAAGAUGGAAGAUAAGUUUGGGGUCAGGUCCGAUGAAAGUGAGAAUAGGCAUGUUGAUAAAAAGGACUCUGCUGGACUGUUCGGUGAGACCAGUAAAAAAGAGAACCAGUCAAAAUCUCGCGGACAUGGGGUUUCUGAUAGCAAAGUGCAUCCCAUGUGUAGCCGUGAUGCAACCUCUACUCCGAAGCAGAAUAUGUUGCUAGCUUCUGAGAUAGCAUCAAGGAGAGGGAAGUCACCAUCACUACCUCCAUCUGGAGGUGCUCAAAAUGAAACUGCUCCCUAUAGCCCUCAACUUGUUUCUGGAUCUCACAAAGAAAAUGGAGCAAAUGUUGCUGUUAGUAAUGCCUCUGUUGGUGAUAAUUCUUUGAAGACACUGAAACAAAUAAAAAAUGUAGAUUACCCAAAUGGUACUCAUCACAGCAGUUCAAGAGAUUCUAAUGGGCGUAGGACCAAGGAUCUUGAUGCCCCAAGUCCAGCUAAAAGAGAGUCUUCGAGUCAGGGUGCUAUGAAUGCUCUCAGAGAAGCAAAAAGUCUUAAACACCUGGCUGAUCGUUAUAAGAGUACUGGGCCCUUUCAAGAGCGCACAAAGUUUUACUUUGAGGCAGCUCUUAAAUUUCUUCACGCAGCCUCCCUGCUUGAAACUUGUAGCAGUGAGAACCUCAAAAGUGGGGAAAUGAUUAUGUCAAUGGAAGUGUAUAGUAGCACAGGAAAACUUUGCGAGUUUUGUGCCCAUGAAUACGAAAAAUCCAAGGACAUGGCUGCUGCUGCCCUUGCCUAUAAAUGCAUGGAGGUGGCAUACAUGAGGGUGAUUUAUUCUUCACAUAACAUUGCAUUUAAAGAUCGUCAUGAAUUGCAGACAGCUCUUAACAUGGUUCCUCCAGGCGAGUCUCCUUCUUCUUCUGCCUCUGACAUUGAUAACUUGAAUCACCCAGCAACAGUAGACAAGGGUAUCUUGACCAAAAGUAUUAGCUCUCCUCAAGUGACAGGAAGCCACAUCAUUACUGCACGUCAUCGUCCAAAUUAUGUGCGUUUGCUCAAUUAUGCCCAGGAUGUAAACUAUGCCAUGGAAGCCUCAAGAAAAUCACGGAGUGCUUUUGCGGCAGCUAAUAUAAGCUUGGGAGAAUCUCAGAAUACUGAUGGUAUAUCUUCCGUAAAAACAGCUCUGGAUUUUAAUUUCCAAGAUGUAGAGGGGUUAUUACGUCUGGUACGGCUUGCAAUUGAAGCUAUUAGCCCGCCAAACAGUUGAGUUGCUAUGGAGAUGGAGAGUAUCAAAUUUGGGAGGCAGUGAAAGAGCCUAACUAUUUGUGACAUGGACCUCCUUUUGCAUCUUGAGGCUUCUAUUGGAUGAGGAGAUAUUGCCAUGUCACCGGCUACGCGAUCUGUAUGCAUAUGUAUGAUACAUGAUGGGUAUGGAAUUGUGAAUAUAUUCUUUUCAUCAGAUAUCAGUUGCUUUCUGAUGCAGACGAGGACCAUACAUGCUAAAUCCAUUUGAGGGUUGGUAGUGAAAUUUUUAAUUUAAUUCAUCGAUCUGUAUGGAAAAUAUUCUGAAGCUGUAGAAAGUGGCAGUUUUGAGGUGCAGCAGGAUUGUGGUUGAAGAAGUGAAUAAAGAUAGAGAAUCCCAAUUAUACAUAAAUCUGGGGUUGUAGAAUACUGGUGCCAGGGUGUGCCACCCCCUUUUCUGGCGAUUGUUUUUUCACGGAUGGGAAUUAGUUUAGCUGUCCUUUAAUUGUUAGUUAGUUACAACUUUCUUGGAGGCAUCUCAAGGAUAGGAACUGUAAAAUAUGACAUCACGUCUUAAUUAUACUAUCAGAGACUGCACUACUAACUUCCUUGGUUGGAGCAUUGUGCAAAGCUUGCAAUGACACGGCAGUCUCAGGAUGUCUUCAGGAGAUUCUGAUAUAUUUUUUUCGUCGUUAUUAAAAUAGACGAGAUGAGGAGGAACGAAGUUGGAUAAGCUGUAUAUGCUACAAAAUAAAUAGCGCAAUCAAGUCGUUUGAGUUAUACAAUAGGGAGUACUAGUAGGUGUGAAAAUUUAGUUGGAUUAGUUACUGUUCUUGCAUGAAUUCACCCUUAAAUGUCUCUUAUUUUUACUGUAUUGCAGUGAGUAUUUUGUAUAUAUACCGAGGUUAAAACAACAGUGCUAGCUUUUUUUAUGUAUUUAUUAUUUGUUCAAUAGUCAGUCCACUUAUGCUUUCCUCCAUUUGCCAAGAGAGAUCAGGAUUUUCAAUACUUGUAUCCAAGUCACAAUAUAAUGUUAGUGGAUUUUUUUUUU